AUGGAUUUGAAUCUGAUUGGAUAUAUGAUGUGUUUGUGGUUGUCCAGCUCCAGGGUGCUUGGAGGCUAUCCCAUCUGGUGGUCACUGGCGCUGGGGCAGCAGUACUCCUCGCUGGGCUCGCAGCCCAUCCUGUGCAGCUCCAUCCCAGGUCUGGUGCCCAAGCAGCUGCGCUUCUGCCGCAACUACAUCGAGAUCAUGCCCAGCGUGGCCGAGGGUGUGAAGCUGGGCAUCCAGGAGUGCCAGCACCAGUUCCGCGGCCGGCGCUGGAACUGCACAACCAUCAAGAACAACUUGGCCAUCUUUGGCCCUGUACUGGACAAAGCCACAAGGGAGUCGGCGUUUGUCCACGCCAUAGCGUCGGCCGGCGUGGCGUACGCGGUGACGCGCUCGUGCGCCGAGGGCACGUCCACCAUGUGCGGCUGCGACUCGCACCACAAGGGCCCGCCGGGCGAGGGCUGGAAGUGGGGGGGCUGCAGCGAGGACGCCGAGUUCGGCGUGCUCGUGUCGCGCGAGUUCGCCGACGCCCGCGAGAACCGGCCGGACGCCCGCUCCGCCAUGAACCGCCACAACAAUGAAGCCGGGCGAAUGACCAUCCUGGAGAACAUGCACCUGCGCUGUAAGUGCCACGGCCUGUCGGGCAGCUGCGAGGUCAAGACGUGCUGGUGGGCGCAGCCCGACUUCCGCAUGCUGGGCGACUACCUGAAGGACAAGUACGACAGCGCCUCGGAGAUGGUGGUGGAGAAGCACCGGGAGUCGCGCGGCUGGGUGGAGACGCUGCGCGCCAAGUACGCCUUCUUCAAGCACCCGACGGAGCGCGACCUGGUCUACUACGAGGGCUCGCCCAACUUCUGCGAGCCCAACCCGGAGACGGGCUCGUUCGGCACGCGCGACCGCGUCUGCAACGUGUCGUCGCACGGCAUCGAGGGCUGCGACCUGCUGUGCUGCGGGCGCGGCCACAACACGCGGACGGAGAAGCGGAAGGAGAAGUGCCACUGCGUCUUCCACUGGUGCUGCUACGUCAGCUGCCAGGAGUGCACGCGCAUCUACGACGUGCACACCUGCAAAUGA